AUGGGUCUCGAUCACUUCGCCAUCCCAGUCCCAGCACCCAAGUUCGAAGAAACAAUUAAAUUUCUAACCACCUCCCUCGCAUUCUCCAACUUCAAAGAAAUCACUCGUCCCAUCCCAACCGUCGUCGGUCUCGGCGAAACCGCUCCGUACAUCUGGCUCUCUGCCGUUGAAGGCGAUGAAGCUGAAUUCAAGAAUGUCAUGAAGGGCAUGCAUAUUGCUUUUAAUGCUACAAAUGGCGAGCAAGUCCGUCAAUUCCAUGAAGCUGCGCUCAAAGCUGGUGGAACUUGCAAUGGAAAGCCUGGAAUUAGGUUUUAUCAUGAAAAGUACUAUGCUGCGUUUGUGCUUGAUCCUGUUUUGGGGAUUAAUUUUGAGGUUGUUUGUCAUCAGGGUGAUAUUUGA